AUAACAUGAAUAUUUAGAAUCACAUAAGUGCGUUGUAUACAAAGAAACAUUUAAUUCUAAGCGAUAAUAUGCAAAGGAAAUACGAAAAAGGAAUUUUCUAACAUAAACAAACAAAAAAAAUGUUUAACAUAAGACCAGCGAAAGAAAAUCACGCAAUUAUACAUGAAAGAUAUUCUAAACAUUGAAAUAUGAGAAAUGAUGUUGGUAAAGUUAAUGUGUUUUCUUGCGUUGCUGCCGCAAACCUCAUGUAAGCAAAUAAUUCAUCAUUUUGUACUGCGCGAUAACCCUCCAUAUCACGUCCCAGAAAAGUACAGAGAGAAUAAUGCACAAGCUGGCAUCAUUCCUGAUUUCAUUGAUAGUCUAUUCAAAGGAGAUGACCUUGAUGAUUCAUAUCAGGAUUAUGUGCUCAAAACAAUUGAAGUUAAUUCACCAGUGAAGCUCAAAGCUUUAAUGGAAAGUGCAAAGCCGCACCAGAAAGAAAAUAUUUCUAUACACGACGCCAUUGUUGUGUCAGCAUCUUCAUCUCCACAUUUAAAAUCUGUAAAAUCAUUCAUGAAGGAAAUAGCUAUCAUGUCACCAGGUUCCGCCAUUAUAGUCCGUAAUAGCGAUGCUCUGCUUUUGAUGAAGCUUUUCACUGGCCUUGGUGAAUGUUUUUCAAUUAUUUACUUCGCCACGAUUUCUACUGUCAUUGUUGGGGCGGUUGUUUGGCUGUUGGAGCAUAGAAGUAACAAGGAAUUCCCAAGCACUUUUGGUAAGGGCUUGUGGUCAGGAUUUUGGUUUUCUUAUGUUACUAUGACAACUGUAGGCUAUGGCGAUAAAACACCGAAGCAUUGGGCAACUCGCAUUAUAUCUAUGCUUUGGAUGGUUUUUGCUGUUAUGACUGUUGCUAUGGUAACCGCAACGGUAAUGAGUAACGCAAGUAACAUGGCGGAAUUGAAAAACAAAAAAGUUGGAGUUUUUAGAAACUCAUUUGAAGCCACGAAUGUGGAAAAACUUAUUGGAGCUGAUCGAUGUGUUUAUGAUUCUUACUUAAAGUUGUUAUCAGCAGUGAAGAAUGAAGAAGUUGAGGCAUGUCUUAUUGAUCAAAAUGUGGCUGCUUUUUAUUUUAAUAGAUUUGGAAUUGCAAAAAGUAAAAAUGACAAAGUACUUGCCCAUAGUGCUGUGCAUAAAUUGGUGAAAAGUUUGAAAGUUCAACAAAAAAUUGCAAAGGAAUACCCCAUUAGAAUAUUUGUAAGAAAUAUCAAGAUGAACAGUAGCCUUAGAAACAAUACCUUCGAUGGUUGUUUUUGUGGAAACGAUAAAGUAGGUGACGAACGUUCUGAUUUGUUUCUAUCGCAAAUGAUAACACGAUACACUUUGUCAUUAGCCCAAACAACACAUUAUGUUCGUUCAGUACAUGAUAUCUUUGAUGAUUCCGAUAAUGGAUUAAUUUUAUUUUUAACCAUUACAGCUGGUUGUCUUAUAGCAAUUGGCUUAGUUGUCGAACUCGUUUAUAUGUUUUACGCAAGACGCAAAGGUAAAAAUCAUGUUGAAAUGUUGAAAAACAUCGAAUGUGAGCAAAAAGUAAAGUUGAAAGUUCUAUUGAAACGAAGAUGCCAUGAGAUUAUUGAUGAAGUAAUGGACGAAUUCUCGGAACGAAUAGAAUUGACGAGUUUAAAAAACGAAUAAUAUAAUAAUGUAUGUAUGUAUGCUUGGUUUUGGAUUGCAGGAAGCACUACCUGUGAUUACAAACCAUAAUUUAUGUUGGUUCACAUUAGCCGAAUUGGCAUCAUAUUACCAAGAUGGGAAAAAAUAAACAAAAGCAAUCUUCUAUUAAUAAAACUUUUCAUUUGAAAAAUUAGACUUCUGUACUUCAAGUUUAAAAGCUGGCAUGACCUUAACAUAUGCCAAAAAUGAUUACUGAAAUUUAAAAAAAACAUCUUAAAAUUUUUCAACUCAACGUCCUUAUCUUCCGGGAUUUAUAGCAUAGAAUUUUUCCAAGUGAUCUAGGUUAAUUAUAAAAAGUGAACUAUAACCUAGGAUUGAUUGCGAAUACACACUUUAUUUCAAGGAUGCUUAAUGCGAAUUAGCUACGAUAGCCAUGUAUAUGUGUAUAUAUAUAUAUGUAUGUCAGGUUACAGUAGACUAACUUUCGCGUUGCACAAGAUUAAACCUCCAUUGGCAGA